AUAACAGCUGUUCUUGUUGUUUUUAUUUAGCGCAAUAAACAAAAACUAUAAAAGACUGAUUUCAUACAAAUAAUGGCUGAGGCUGCCAAUGUGCGUCAGAAUCUACAAAAUGUGCCAUCAAUCUUUGAAAUAUCCGCUGCGGAGACACUGGACAACUUGAUAUAUCCAGCACUGAGUAAAAUCUUUGAUUACUUUGGGCUGCGUUUGGACUUUAAGCUUUGGGGCAACAUUCGCGUAAAUGAAGAACUAUCGCCACUUGUAACUUGGGUACUACAGUACCUCUAUCUACGCAAACGUGCCUCUUCCUUUGGCGAAAGCUUCUAUGGACUGCAAAGAACUGUAACUGCAACUGGCGCUCUACUUAGCCGACAGCAGCAAUUUCAAUCGGCAACAUUGCUAACGCUGCUGCCCUACAUAGAGCGUAAGCUAAGAACUCGCAGUGCACAGCAUGAUAAUACUUAUGCCUGGGAAACGCAGCUUAUUAAUCUGUUCCAUAUCUACAACGCAUCUAAGGCGGCGCAUACAUUCCUUUACCUGAUAAAAUAUGCCACAAGCCACAGCCCAUUGUUUCGUGCGCUGCGUCUUACGCUACGGUAUCCCAGCGAGCCUCCAAAAGAAGACAAAUGGACGUACCUAUUCCUUAAAUUGCUUGAGGUGCUGGCCUUCUUUUUGCAGUUUAUACAAUGGUGGUAUUCCAACGAUCAGCGUCGUAAGCUCGGUGGGUCACUGCAGAAUCCAGAGCCACUGAAGCAAUCCCAGCUGUCGCAAGAACUGCAGCAAACAGAGCCUAAACGCGGAGAAUGCCCCAUUUGUUUGCUGGUACUGCAAACUCCCACAGCCUGCGCCGUAUCCGGUUAUGUUUACUGCUGGAAAUGCAUUGUAACGCAUCUAAAGCAACAUGGCAGCUGCCCCAUUACCAAAUAUGCUAUUACAUUGGAAGAUCUGGUGCGCAUUUAUGAAACGUAGCCUAAUUAUGAUUGUUUUUAUUA